GGCAGUUUAAUCAUAUCUAUGGAUAAAUUCGAGAUGGCCUGAAUACCUAGGAUACACCUGGUAUGCAGACACUGAUGAUUAUCUUAGCAGGGUAACAUCGGAUCAUGUACGUUGGCAGAUAGGGGUUGCCUGAUUGAUAUGAACGCUGGUUCUCCGCGAUCCCUUGUGCUCAGCUGUUCUAAAAAGGAAUGGGAAACGCCCCAUCACCUAUAGGACCUAGCUUCUCCUAUAUUAGUUCUAGUUCUGUGCUACCAGUACGAAGGCACCAAUAGGGGUCAAUCGCUCAGUAAGUUAGCAUUCUCCGCUUUCUUAGCUCUCUUACUCACUGAUUGAUAUCUUGGAGGUAUUUGAAGGGGAGUUUCUGCACAAUACCUCGUAUGUCGUCUCUUUGAUAUGUUCUAAAUCAUACCAGAUACUUCCAGGUACUAAGCCAUAAUGCCGAUUGACUUUCAUCUCAGCCAGAAAGAGGCGGGCGUCCGCGAUGCCGCCGCAAGCUUCGCGCAUAAUGUCCUUAAGCCUGUGCGUACAGAGUAUAAGGCACUACAGAGUCCCAAUGACCAGUUCCAAGUUACUCGAAAGGCCUACGCAGCUGCGAGUGCUGGGGGACUGAUAAAAGGCCAAAUUCCACCAUCCCUAGGAGGCACAGGAGGAUCUCUCGUCGAGACCGCGAUUCUGGUUGAAGAAUUCUACUCGGUAGAACCUGCGGCGUCGCUUACGAUCUUCGGGACAGCGCUUGGUCUGAUGCCCCUGAUUCUCACACAGAAACCCGAACAUCGCGAAUUCCUUGCCCCGUUCCUUGGCUGUGAAGGGACACCCCUGGCGUCACUAGUCUUCAGCGAGCCCGGCGGUGUGGCUAAUUACUUGGAAAAGGGUGCUCCUGGGCUCAACACCACAGCUCGUCGUGAGGGCGACGAAUGGGUCAUUAACGGCGAGAAGAAGUGGGCUUCUAACAGUGUAGGCUGGGAUAACCGAGGCGCUGAUUUAGCCUGUGUCGUCUGUCGGGACGUCACGGAAUCGGCUGAGAACCCUGAUACUAAUCCUAAAGACAAAAUCGUGUUAAUCAUAAUCACGCGCGCUGAUCUCGAGCGCAGCGGGGACAAGAGCUUCGAAGUGGUGCGCGAAGUGACUCUUUUCGGGCACACGGCCGCAGGUCCAGGUCACCACAUAAAAUACACCGACGUACGCGUCCCCGCGAAGAACGUGCUCUGUCCGCCGGGAGAGGCCGCCGCCGUGGUUUCCGGAGCCUUCGACUUGACGGCUGUUCUCGUCGGCGCGAUGAGUGUGGGGAUCAUGCGCGCGGCCUUCGAUGCAGCUCUGGCUUUCGCGAAAAGCGACGAUCGGCGGGGGAAAGUGCCGCUUCUCGAACGCCAAGCCGUUGCUGACUUGCUGUCUGGCAUGAAAAUGCAGACGGAGGCGUGUCGCGCGUUGACUUGGAAGGCGGCGCAUGCUAUGGAGAAUGGGCCGGGUGAUUAUAGCGCUCGUAGGGAACUGGCGCUCGCUGCUAAGGUGUAUUGCAGCGAUGCUGCGGUCAAGGUUGUGACGGACGCUAUUAAUGCGGUGGGGGUGACCGCCUAUGAUGUCGAACAACCUUUCGCCGAGCUGUUGAAGAAUGCGAUUGGACUGCCAAUAUUCGAUGGCGGCAAUGUCGGCGUAAGGAGACGCCACAUGCAGGAGCUCAUGCUAUCUCCGGACUACGAUCCCUGGGCGGCGACGUACGGGCCUUCGGGGUUAACGAAAUGAAGUGGCUGGUUUCAUCGUUUGUAUCGUCACGUAUCAUCACUUUUCAUAAAUUAUUUGAGAUGAGGAAUAUUGCGAUGGAACGUCAAAUUUUGUGAGAAAUGUUGUUCUUCAUUUGACGAUCGCGAUAACGACGAUUUGGAUAUCCAAGAUGGUG